UAAAAAGAGUGAGCAUUCAGAAAUGGCUUCCAAAGCUCAGUUAUUUCUAUUGGUUACCCUUCUGCUGCUUGCUACACAGGUUUCAACUAAUGAGAGUGAAGAGAAGAUUGAGAUGAAAUAUGUUAAAGUACCUGAACCAGCAGCUCCAAUCCCAGUGAAGCCACCCUCACCAACACCCCCAGCUCCUGCACCACCAGUCAAGGCACCAACUCCACCGUAUAAACCUACAACUCCGGCACCUCCAACUACAACUCCUCCUCCCCCUUACAAACCACCAAGUCCACCACUUCCACCGGUUAAAACAAGGAAGGAUUGCAUCCCUUUAUGUGGAGAAAGGUGCAAAUUACACUCAAGGACAAACCUAUGCAUGAGAGCUUGCAUCACAUGCUGCGAUAGAUGCAAAUGUGUUCCACCGGGGACGUAUGGGAACCGAGAGAUGUGUGGGAAAUGUUACACUGAGAUGAAAACCCACAACAAUAAGCCCAAGUGCCCUUGAAACACACACACACUCUUCUUGGGGUUUCCUAUUUGGUUUCAAGCUUAAACAGCUUCAAGUAAUAACUACUUAGAGAGUGGACAAAAUUGAUGAUUUUUCUUGUAAUGUGUUCUUAGAAGGUAUUUGCAUUAUCGAAUUGAAAGGUUGAAUUAAUAUUUUCUUAUAAGAUAUAACGGAAGUGUUUUUCG